CUUUGGCAACAAAUAUUUGGAAAAAAAAAAAAAGUAGACUACUAUUCCUCAAAACAAAAAUUAUGUUAUCUUCUUCUUCAGUUAUGAUUCGGCGCUUUUGCAGUUUCAAUGUCACCGCUUCUUCUUCUGCCAUCACUUCUACUACCAAGAAGAAGCGUCUUGUGUUUCUUGGUUCUCCUCAGGUAUCUGCUUCAGUACUUGAUGCUUUACUCAAUGCUUCUGCUGCCCCAGAUUCACUUUUUGAGAUCACAGCCAUUGUUACACAACCACCAUCUGGAAGGGAUAGAGGAAGAAAAGUAAUGCCUUCACCAGUUGCACAGCAUGCUCUUGACAGAGGCUUCCCUUCUGAUUUGAUUUUCACACCUGUAAAGGCUGGCGAGGAAGCAUUUCUUUUCAACUUUAAAUCCUUGGAGCCAGAGCUUUGUGUUACUGCUGCAUAUGGGAAUAUUUUACCCACAAAGUUUCUGAAUAUUCCAUCAAAAGGAACGGUUAAUAUACACCCAAGUUUACUGCCUCUAUACCGUGGUGCAGCACCUGUACAAAGAGCAUUGGAGGAUGGUGUUAAAGAAACAGGGGUGUCAUUAGCUUACACAGUUCGUAAAUUGGAUGCUGGACCAGUUAUUGCUUGUGAAAGAGUAACAAUUGAUGAUCAAAUAAAGGCUCCAGAUUUACUUGACUUACUAUUUGAUCUAGGUUCCAAACUUCUAAUUCGUGAACUUCCGUCCAUAUUUGAUGGGUCUGCAAGUGGAAUAGCAGAAGAGCAAGAUGACUCUAAAGCUACCCUGGCUCCCAAGAUAACUCCGGAGGAGUCAUGGCUAUCGUUUGAUGACGAUGCCCAUGUGCUUCAUAACAAGGUUCGGGCAUUUGCAGGAUGGCCAGGAACACGAGCUAGACUUAAGGUUAUUGACCCUAACAAUGGCCAGAGCAGUAUUAUAGAGCUUAAAAUUAUCACUACUCGGAUAUAUGGUGGUAUCAAAAGUCAAGAUAUAGAGGCCAAUGAUGUGCUUUUCACCAAAGGUUCACUGGUAAUUCCUUGUGGUGGGGGCACGGCACUGGAGGUUUUGGAAAUUCAACUUCCUGGCAAGAGAGCUGUUAAUGCAGCUGCAUUUUGGAAUGGUUUAAGAGGCCAAAUGCUGAAAAAGUUGUGAUCACUAAGCCAGUCAACCACACCAAAUCUUCCACUCGACAAGUUGUACCAAAUGUCAUUGUUCUCGAGAGUUCAUUACAUUAUCUGAUCAUAUGAUGCAAAGCUAAAUGACUGGAUGGUUCUGAUUCCUGUCGGGAUCUUUUCGUUUUUCGGGAUAGUACUGACCUCGCUAGGAAGUGCUAAAAGAAGGCAUUUGUUAUACAAGAUAUUCCAGCUUCAAGAAAAUAACUGAAUUUGCUUAUAUGAACUUGAACUGAUAUGUAACGCUCAAUUUAGUGAAAGAAAAAACAAAUCUCCUUUGUCUUUUUUAUGGCUAAAAUCCCCUUCUCUAUUUGUUGACUUGAGAAUAUUCAUGUUUCAGCUUUUUAGCUAGCUACGCAGGGAGCUUAAAUAGACAGAGGAGAUGAUGAAUUCAUAUAAAGUUUAUGAUGAGAUUUAAGUGAAAUUUGUGUAAACAGUGAAGCUAUUUUCUUCCA